AUGGAAUUGAAGAAGACAAUCUUAAUCGGAUUAAGCACUGUUGGAAUAGUUGGAGUUGGUUAUGCCAUAUACUGGGAUCAUAUGAGGCGAACUAACCCCGAAUUUAAAAAGAAGUUGAAGGAAAGUAAAAAACGGGCCGCGAAACAAAAAAAGGCAGCAGAAAAAGAUGCUAAAGUAAAAGCAGCUGGUUUCGUUAGAAAAGCUGUUGAAGAAGUUGCCAAUGAAUCUUUGCCCGUUGAUGUCUCUGCCAAAGAAAAAUACUUUAUGGAACAAGUUUCCAAAGGCGAAUCUUUACUUUCUGGUGGUGAAGAUUGUUAUCUUGAGGCCGCUCUUUGUUUCUAUAAAGCUUUGAAAGUAUAUCCUAAUCCAGUUGAACUGAUAAUGAUUUAUCAAAAGACAAUUCCAGAUUCUGUAUUUAAUUUGGUUUACGAAAUGAUGAGUCUCGAGGUUAAGAAAAAACAAGCUGAAUAUUUUGACAACUUUCCACCUAAAGAAAUGAAUGUAAAAAUAGAAGAGAUUAGUCAAAAUUCCUCUUAUGAUGAUCAUGUACGUCGUGGACUCUUUGCCACAAAGAAUUUUUCUCCUGGGGACGUUAUUUUUAGUGAACAACCUAUUGUAUCAGCUCUUGAUCCUAGUCUUGAGACUGGCGAUUAUUGUAGUUAUUGUCUUAAAGAGCUUACUGGUGGACCAAUCAGUGAAGAGGCUGACCUCUUUGAAGCUGUUUAUUGUUCCAAUAUUUGUAAAGAUCAAGCAACCGAAGAGUAUGCCACACUUCUUUUUAUCAGUUCUGAUCAAAAUGAUUCCGAAAGUAAAGAAGCUCGGCUAGUCGAAUUGGUGAAAUCAGGAAAUGUUAAAUAUCCAUUGAUUAUUGCUCGAUUUUUAUCUAAAAUGGUUUAUGAAGAAACGCAAAAAGUUGCUUCAGGUGUUGAGGAAGAAUAUUCUACUUGGGAUCAUAUUGAACGAUUACGCUUCUUGAGUGUGCCGGCUACAGAUAAGGAAGUCAAAGAAAUUAAACUUUUGAGAGAUUUGUUCGCAAGAAAAGUUCCAGGAAUGGAAGAAUUCAUUUCUGAGGAAAGGUAUUUAAUGCUUAAAGGCAAACUUAUGUAUAAUGCUUACGGUAUAAAUACUUCUCGAAGUAAUGAGAAUAUAAGAGAGAAUACAGAUGAAACUGUUCGUUCAAGUAGAGGCCCUGUAAUCGGGGCCGGUUUCUAUCGUGUUGCUUCUUAUAUAGCUCAUUCGUGCGAUUCCAAUACUGAGACGAGAUUUCCAAAUAGAAAUAAUGAAUUAUCAAUUGUGGCUACAAAACCAAUUAAGGCAGGAGAUGAAUUGAAAAUUAGUUAUAUUAGAACUGGACAAAGGGAUUCGGAAAAUAGAAGGAGUGAAUUAGAAACAAAAUGGAGAUUUAGGUGUACAUGUACUAAAUGUCUAAAGGAAUCCGAUGAAUAUCCCAAUCUGAAGGAAUCUCCCAAUCAAAAGGAAUCCGAAGAAUAUCAAGAAUAUGUCAAUCUAAACGAAUCCGAAGAAUAUCAAGAAAAAUAUCCCAAUCCUGCUUGA